GAGUAGGCAGUGUUAAGUGACGAUGGCCCAUUGAGAUGGCUGCGUGCAUCAGGGGACCUCGGUCUGUCCAAGACCCGGUCGACAGCCUUCACAAGUCCAACAAUGUUCAAUACAAAUCCAUCAUACAGGUGUACACGGACUGGGCCAACCACUACUUGGAGAAGGCACGCUGCAGGAAGAUGAUCUCAGACCUCCAACAAGACAUGCGGGACGGCGUGCUCUUGGCAGACCUCAUCGAGGCAGUUACCGGACAGAAGGCAGCGGACUUGCACCGCCGACCCAAGACUUCUUCUCAGAUGACGGAGAACGUGAAGGCUUGCCUGACGCUGCUCAGUCGCCUGGGGGUGGCGCUGGACGGCAUCACCGCCAAGGACGUUCGCGAUGGCAACCUGAAAGCGAUCCUGGGCCUUUUCUUCGCUCUCUCCAAGCACAAGCAGCAGCAGAAGCAGCAGACUCAGCAGCAGCUAGUUGAGCGUGACAAGCAACAGAAGCUGAUCGGUCAAAACAUGAACUCCAGGUUACCAUCACCGUUCCACGGGGGUGCAGGGUCGGGGGCGGGAGGAACGCCCACCAGCAUCCCUACACCAGUGCUUCGGCCUCCUGCUGCUGUCCCAGUUGGAGGAAGUCCCUUGAAGUGUACUUCAGCUAGCAGUUCACGGUCAACAAGUCCAUCCCAUUCAUUCAUUCCAACUCCUCGAUCUCGGUCUUCUCUUAAUGAUAAGCAGCAUACAAGUGGUGGCCACACUGCAGUGGUUCGUGUAUCAGGUUCUGUUGGGAGUCCAUAUGCAUCCUCAUCCAACAAGAAUUCUAAUCUAGAUAAAAUAAAGCUUUACAAUCCAAGUGAUAAAAUCAAGCCAGCACUGGGAAACACAAAGCGAACUUCUAGCUCUAGUGGAUUUAGUUCAGCUCGUUCAGAGCGAAGUGAUUCUUCUACCAGUCUGUACAAUGACAUCAAGUCUAGUGUUCCAGAGAAAAAGGAUCUAGGUCAGAAUGAUUUGAGUUUAAAGCCUGGAUUAAGAAAGAAAGUAAUAAAAGUCAGUGGUGAUAGUAAAGUGACCCGAGUUCCAAACAAACCUUCAAUGACAAAGUUAGUACAACCAGUAGUGAGAACUGUUAGUGAAAUUCAACCUGCCAUCCCAGAGACCCAAGAUGACAACUCUCAGGAAGCAGAGGACAAGAUGAAGGCCCCUGAGCCACCUAAAUCCAGCCCUACUGGUGGUAGCGGGAUACCAAAGCCAAUGGCAGCAGUCAAGGGCACAGCCAAGCCCACCCACAGUGUGGCUCCCAUGCCUCAAAUCACUGCUGAUAAGGAGAAUCCAGAGGUGAACCAUGUGAAGCAGCAGUCUGUAGGAGAGGAGGAGGAGAACACAGAAACAGUGAAGCCUAUGCAACCUCUCCUUCGUGGCUACAAGAGUAACAUUGCACUAACACCCAGGCCUCUACCUGUUGAUCAUUCAGGGUGGAGGACUGUUACACAGUCGCCAGCAGACCGAGGACCUGGAGAUGGCGACUAUGUCACAACAUAUAGUUCAUCUGGCUACAUGUCUGAUGGUGAUAUCCUGAAUAGAACAUCAGCAAUUGAAGUCAAUGAUGGAUAUAUAUCAGAAGGUGGUGCCCAUAGAGCUCAAGAACGGCUGCAUAGAGGCCCACCUCUACCCGUGGAGCUGAACCGCAGUGCCAAGCCUCUUGCCAGGCUACAGAGAGAAGGAAAGACUGAGGGAGCAAGGAGUGAUGAAUUAAAAAUCCUGUCGACAGACGAAGUUCAUCACUAUAAGCGAGGGAGUGCCCCGGGCCCUGAGGGGAGCGGGCGGGGGGAGGGGUUUGACCCCCCUCUCAGCCCCCCUGAACCGCAGCCCGUUGUCUACAGAGUGGUUGGUUCCCGGUCGCACAUCAAGAAAGCUGACAGCAGCCAACAAACUGAAAAUAGUGCCUUUAGACAAGUGUCCUCGAGCCAAUGGAAGAAGUAUGUAGAGGGUGUCCCAGAGCUGAGUCGACACGAUGUGGGCCGCAAGCAAAAACAGCAGCCUUACAAUGGUCUUCAGCGCAAACCUGACAAAAAGAGGAUUUCUGGAUCAAAAGAAGAGCUAGCACCAGAAGAGUACACCAAUGGUGAUCGAAAAGGUAGAGAGAGUAAAAGUAAAGUCCGAGGAGUUCCUCCCAAUUUCGGCUAUAUAAAACGAUCGAUAAAUGGAAAUGGGAAAGGAGAACCUCGAACUGCUCAAGUAUCUGCUGUUCCUAGAACCAAGGUGAAGGUGUCUGGGGGCACACAGACAGAUCUGAAGGCGUACAGUGUGGGUGGCACGUCAGGAGCCCAGUUGUCAGCCAGCGUGAGAGAGAGACUGUUGCAGGGUUCCCAAAGUCUGCCCAAGGCCCGUACAGAUACCGGCUCUCUAUCAGAUUCUAACUACACAGAGUUGAGUCCCUACAGUGCCAUGUACAGACACACCACUGCUGCCGCCUAUACUGCUUCACUACCCGCACGUGUUACUGCAGCUGGUCUGAUAGAGGCGGACAGUAUAGAGUCUUUGCCUGCCCAGCUUCAUCACCGUGCAAGUCUCACUCACCCUCGCCUCAUGUCUCCCUCCCCUUCACCCUCUGCCAGCAACCGCCUCAGUCGCAGCAACAGCAUCAGCUACCUACGAGAGCGGACUUUUCCAAGAUCUACAAAGUCAGAGAAGUUGUAUCCAUCGAUGCUUCAGAGAUCUGAGGAGAUGGACCCAUACUAUAGUAUCCCGUACAGUAUGGGACCCGGCAGUCAGCACUCUUCCCAACCUACCAGCCCUACCCCCAGUCAGAUGUCUCAGGGUACCCUCUCCAGGUUCAAUUAUCCUAUAUCACCAAUAAGUGCAUCUCCCUCCAGUCACAUGAUAAGCAGGACUUAUCCCUACUCUGGUCUCAUGUCAAAAAUGAACUCCAAAGAUGAUGAUGUACAUGGGUCGGCAGUGAGCCUGGUUUCAACUGCCUCGUCACUAUACAGCACGCCAGAAGAGAAACAGGCCCAUGAAAUGCGCAAGCUGCGCCGAGAGCUGGGAGAGGCUCAGGAGAAGGUCCAUACUCUCACUAACCAACUCUCCACCAAUGCUCAUGUAGUGUCAGCUUUUGAACAGUCUCUGUCCAACAUGACCCAGCGGCUCCAGCAGCUCACUGCAACUGCUGAGAAAAAGGAUUCCGAGUUGCUGGAGCUGCGACAGACAAUUGAGUUACUACGAAAGCAGAGUGUGGAGGCCGGGCUGACAUCACAGAACUUGUCUCCGUCUCUGGCUCGCAGACACACAAUUAACACUGCCACCGACUCUGCAGCAGGAAGCAACAUUGCGAGACAGCUGUCAACAGACUCAGUCUCCAGCCUAAAUUCUCUGUCAUCCGCCUGCAGUCUGUCCAGUGCUGCUCACACCACUGAUGCUGACAAGAAAAAGAAACGUGGAUGGCUUCGCAGCUCAUUCAACAAGGCAUUUUCGAGAACGAAAAAGAACAGAACAGGCUCAGUAUCUGAUGCAGAGGACAGCAAAGGUAUGAGCUCAGACCUCUCAGCCCCUUCAUCCCCACUGCUCGGCACAGCUCACCACAUCAACGGAGAUGAACAUGGCAACCUGGAUUCUCAGCCUUCUUCAGUGGGCUAUGACCGAGAUGCAGUUGUAGAUGAACUAAGGAAACAGCUGAGAGAGAAGGACCUGGUAUUGACUGAUAUCAGGCUGGAGGCUCUGAGUUCAGCCCACCAGCUCGAAUCACUCAAGGACACAGUCAUUAAGAUGAGGAACGAGAUGUUAAACCUGAAGCAGGACAAUGAGAGGCUACAGAGGAUUGUGACCAGCAAAUCUCUCACUUCAUCUCAGAGCUCACUACCUCUCAACGAGGUAGAGCGCAGGUUCAGCAUGGGAGAUGCAAUCACGCCUGGUACCGAUGAGAGGACAAGUCUGUUUGCGGAGGACCCUGAUGGCAAACGGGUGCUAGUGUCAGUGUAUCUGGGUUCUCAUGGUAGUUACCACAAAUAUGUAGAAGAGGGGGCGGCCACCUGUCCCAUCGCAGCCAUCUCCGUCAGUGGCAAGACCAAGUGGGACAUGCUUGAUGCCAUGGUUCGCAGAGCAUUUAAGGAUUACUGUGAGAGAUUAGACCCUCUGAGCAGUCUAGGGGGUCUAGGAGUCGACUGUAUCUGGAGCUACCAUAUCGGUGAGGUGGUGCGCUAUAAGGACAGCAAUCUGCCAGACCUGUUGCCCUGCGGCUACCUGGUCGGCGAAACCUGCAACAUCACAGUCUGCCUUAAGGGUGCCUUACACAACGGUAGUGUCGACGCACUCGUCUUUGAAACUCUCAUACCAAAGUCCAUUGUACAGAGAUACAUAUCACUGCUCAAUGACCAUCGCCGCAUCAUCCUCUGUGGCCCAAGUGGUACGGGCAAGUCAUACCUAGCCAACAAGUUGGCGGAGUUCCUGGUUUUGAGGGCGGGCAAAGAUUCUACCGCCGAAGCUAUCGCCACUUUCAAUGUGGAUCACAAGAGUAACAAGGAGUUGCGAGGCUACCUGACACACGUGGCAGAGCAGUGCGAGCACAACGCCAGCGAGUUGCCAUCAGUCAUCAUCCUGGACGGGUUACAGCACGCAGCUGAGGUGUUCACCGGGCUACUGAGCGCUAAGCACGCAACCUGCCCAUACAUCAUCGGUACUAUGAACCAGGCAACUUGCGCCACAACCAACCUACAGCUGCACCACAACUUCCGCUGGGUACUGUGUGCUAACCAUAUGGAGCCGGUGAAGGGGCUGCUAGCUCGCUGCCUCACUCGGCGACUCGUGGAGACAGAGUGUCGAGCUGGUAUGCGGGACUCGGACCUCAUGCGUGUGGUCGACUGGCUACCUCGAGUCUGGCACCAUCUCAAUCAGUUCCUCGAGACUCACAGCUCGUCUGAUGUUACUAUUGGACCAAGGCUGUUCCUGGCUUGCCCAAUGGAUGUAGCAGGCUCCCAAGUGUGGUUUACGGACCUGUGGAACUACUCAGUGGUGCCGUACCUGCUAGAAGCUGUGAGAGAGGGCCUACAGUUGUACGGAUGUAGAGCACCUUGGGAUGAUCCCACCAUCUACAUCUGUCAGACCUAUCCGUGGAUUGGUGAGGCAGUGCACGGUGGCUCUGAUGCUCUCAUCAGGUUGAGGCCAGAAGAUGUGGGCUAUGAUACGACUGAACGAGAUGGUGGUGGAGUUGGCAGCAGUAUAAAAUCUCUCAGUUCGACUCAAAGUGAUACAGAUGCUGAUCCACUGCUAAACAUGCUAAUGCGACUGCAAGAGGCUGCCAACUACUCGAGUCCCCACGGUACCGAACCCUCGCGCUCUGAUGACCCAGGCAUCGAAUCGACCAUAUGAAACCAAAGAUUAUUUCAUCAAAAUUUCUCACUAUUGUAUGAGUUUCAGUUUUCUUCUUCUAGAUAUUUGAAUUUCAAAAACAUAAAUAGAUGCUCAAGUUAUUUGAUAAUUAUAACAGAUCAAGAGUUUUAACUACCUUUUGAUUAGAGUCUUUAUAUUAUUGUUAUUGAACAUACUUGUCUAGUAUUAUUUAGUAUAGAUAUAUUUCUUAUACCAAUUACCAAAGCAGAUACAGUCUACUUAUUUGUAAGGAAAUAAUACUAUAAAAGUUGUAUUGUAACUUUUGUAUAUCCAUAUGAUAAUUUUGCCAAACUGACAGUAUUAUUGUGAAUAUUGUUGUAUAUUAACUAGAGAAACGUGUACAAAAUAUGCUUCUUUUUUACCAAAGGGCCCAGUCAUUACUAAAUGUACAUAGGUGUAUAAUUUUUAAUGCUAUAAAUAUUUUAUUUUUACUAAAAUGAAGCUUUAACUGCCUUUUUUAUAUGAAUGUUAUCAUAAAUGUUUAGUCAUUUUAGCAUUUUAGAGUAUUUUCAGUUGCCUAGUUAAAUAUAUUUCUGAACAUUAAUAUUUCUGCCAAUGGCAGGAUUCUGUCUGAUAUAGUGUUAUCACGCUUGACCAAGUUUCUAAAUUAUUAUUAAACUUUAAUACAUUUGUUAUUGGUGAACAUCUUUAUAAAAUAUGUUUAAUUGAGGUUUAAAAUUUAUCAGAAUGAAUUACCUAAAAUAUAUCCUCUUGUAUAAAUUUAGCAAUAAAAAAUAGUACAUUUAAAAUAAAUGUUCAAAAAGGUUCUGAUACCCCAGUCAGCCAUUUACAUUCCAUGUUUUAUGUGUUUCCACAAAGCCAUUGCCUUUAAAAUUGUAAUAUAAAAACAUUUAAUUUGUAAAUAAAAAAAUAUAAUAAAAUCAGUCUAUAUGAAAAUCGAUUUAACUUUUGUUUGCGUUAAUUUAUGCUUAAUUAAAAAAAAGAAAAAAUGCUUUUAUCCCUCCAGAGUGAAGAGGGCUGUCUAGAUAUUUCACAUAUCACUGUUUUUGUUAAUUUACAAAUUUUUUGUUAAAAUUAACAAAACAAAAAUCCUUGUACAAAUGACAAUAAAAUUUAUUGCUGCCAUUGAGCCAAUUUUAGGUUUUUGAUUUUAAUUCUCUGUUAGAGAGAUUUUUUGCCAUAAUGACUUAUAUUACUUAUAUUCUAUACAGGAUUCAUAUUUGUUUACAUUUAAAAUAAAUCAAUUGAAUAUACAUAUACAAGGGCUGUCCAGAAAGUAUGCAAUAUUUUUAUAUUACUGAAAAAGUACCGUACCAAUUGCAACCAAACUUUACUUUCCAUUGGAUUGCUCUUUUUGAUCUUCGGUGAGUAACUUUGGGACUAAUUUUGCAACCACUUGCCUCAAGCUUAAAUUCUUGUUCAUAAUUUCAAAAACAAUGAUUUUGUUAUGUCUAAAUCUUCUUAUUAACUCAUGGACUGAUAAGCGAUUGUAUGCAUUGAUUGUUAUCUGCACAUAUUUGAUGUUUUCGGAGAUUCAUGUUGAUGAAGGCCAACCAGAACAUGGAUCACUUACAAUCGUAUCGCAGCUGUUUUAAAAACAAGUUAAACUACAAAUUCACGGAAGUCAGGGACUGGUUUUCACUUGAAAGAUUUGCUAGAUCAUUUGAGUUUUCUCCACAUUCCGUCAUUUUUUGGGGAAAAAUCCAACAAAGGCUUGAGAGACGUGAACUAAACACUGACUGACAGCUAACUUAUUGAAGGUAUGAAUGAGAGCUGUUCUCAGUAGAAGGGUACAGAGUAAAUUAAUUUAAUUUUAAUUGCACACUGAAUCUGAUAACAGAAACUGCCUCAUAGAUAAGGAUUAAUCAUUGCAUAUAAAAUACUUUGUGCACAGCCUCUGUAUUUAUAUAUAAAUAGUUCCAAAUUAACCCAUUUAUUUAGUGUUACAUUUACAAUAUUGUGUAAAAUAUAAUAUAUUUCUGGCUGAAAUGAAACAAACCAUAAUAUUUGUUCUACUGUAUUAUUCCAAAGUCUCCAAAGUAAUCAAUGGACAAUAUAAUUUUAUCUGACAAUUUUAUUAAGUAAUUGAUUGACAAUGUAAUUUUAUCUAAGAAGAAUCAUAUUUCAAAUCUGCAUAGACAUAAAUAUAAACCCACUUAAAAAAUAGGUUGUUUUAACUCAAAUUUUAUAAUAUACAACUCAAAACGUUUGAAAUGUGUGUUAGACUAAAGUAGUAUAGUCAACUAAAAUCAAGUAAUGUUCUUUAGAUUACAAGCCAAACAUUCUUGACAAUAAUGUAUGUUAUGUUUGAUUUUUAACACUAAAACAUAAAAAUAUAUUUGUACAAAUAAAAUCAAAAGUUAUUCAUUAAUUUAAUAUAUUAGCUAUGCAUAAAACAUAAUUUUACCGUAAAGUACUGUUGAUAUUUAUAAUGUGUAAUAUGCUUAGACUCAAAAUUUCAGCAAAGAAACAUUAACUAACCUAUCCAAACAUUCACUACUCAGUGCCUACUCCUACCUAGUAAGCUUGUACUCUACUACCACUGACAAUGUUAUCCUUUUAUACAAAUUUUUUACUUUUUUUUACAAUGUGCAUUGCUACUUUGGUUUUUACAAUGUUCUUAUUGUACUAAAAUAUACAUCUUAGCUUUUGCUGUAACGAAUCUUGUAUGAAUGUUUAUAUUGAUUUUUUUAUAGCUAUUGUAUUGUAAUGUUAUGAGGAAUUGUAAAUGUUUGUAAUAGCAAAAUGAGAGUGAUGACCGCAGUUUGUUGACAAUACAAUAAAUGUUAUUAAUUUGUCAUAA